AUGGAGGUGAAAGACGUUUUCGACUUCAUGAAUAUGGAAGAUGCACAAAGAGAGAAACUCCUCGCCUCCCUCACGCAGGCCCAGCUGCGGGAAGUGGCGAAGGCGAGCAACAGAUACCCAGUGAUAUCUUUGGAAUUUGAAAUUUCAAAAACAGAAAAUGUCAGCCCCGGAGAAAACCUCCAGUGCUCCGUUCAACUCGAAAGAGACCUCGCAGACGGAGACAGCGUGGGUCCGGUGUACGCGCCGCUGUUCCCGAAGGAAAAAGAAGAACAGUGGUGGUUAAUAAUUGGAGAAGGAAACAGCAGCAGCAGACAGCAGCAGCAGACAGCAGCAGCAGACAGCAGCAGCAGACAGCAGCAGCAGACAGCAGCAGCAGACUGCAGCAGCGAACAGCAGCAGCACAGGGCUGCUCAGCUGCGAGGGAAAUCUUUUGUCUUUUUCGCCAUUACCUCUCAGUUGCUUUUACUCUAA